AUGGGGCACUGCAAUCGAAUUGAACUUAGGAGUGGGCGGAACUUGGGAGAUCCCCAAGUGACUGCUCAAAAAGGGAUGAACUUUGAAGAAGAGCUUUCUCCUUCAACACAAGAACCUAACCAGGUUCAAGAAGAUGAGGAGAGUACUGCCAAGGUUGAAAAGACUCUUCCACUUUGCUCACAAAGUCAAGUAGUCCCUUUUCCUCAAAGACUUGUUAUGCUUAAGAAGGAUGAAGUGUUUGGCAAAUUCUUGGAGAAAGUCAAAGAAAUAUGUGUUGAAGUUCGUCUCAUUGAUGCAAUCUUACAAAUGCCCAAGUUUGCCAAAUUGUUGAAGGGCAUCAUGUCAAGUAAGAGAAGAAGAGGAGACAUAGAGACCAUAGCACUUACGGAGGAAUGUAGUGCUCUUUUUGAAAGAAACAUUUCCCCAAAGCUAAAGGAUCCAGGAAGCUUUUAUAUUCCUUGCAACAUAGGAGCUGAAUUCAUUGAGAAAGCUUUUUGUGAUUUAGGGGCUAGUGUACCCUAUGAGUAUCGUUGA